UUAGAACAAAAUCUCAUUUAGAAUGUAGUGAUAAAGAGAUGCUAAAGGAUGUGGCACCACACCAUAUUAAAGAUAACGAGAUCCACGACAUUUGUGGCGACUGCCCACCGCCAAGACAAUCACUGUCUGAAGCCGUUGCUAUUGCUGUUUCGGGAAAUGGCGAAAUUGAGUCUUCAGUCGAUGAUCAUUCAAGCGUGUCGCAGUUAACAGAUAACAAAAACUCAGUGAACACUCCGCUACAGAUUUCAUCACCAAAUGAUUUAGAAGAUAAGAUUGUCAACGAGAGAAAUUUACGUGACCUUGCGGACCGGCAAUCGAGCAGCCGGUCGUACGCCAUCCCUGACGGCGUGACGAUGGACCCCCUGUCGCCGACGGCGCUCGCGGUUUCCAACGAAUUUAUGGAUCGCAUAGGAAGCGGGCUCACCCUACUCAGAGACCACGGCAAGAAGGUUCAAAAGUACGUUCUCAAAAACAGGAAGUUUGAUAUUCUUAGAAAAUCUUGGAACUCUGUACUGAACGUAGUACUUAUUGAAGCCAAAGAUCUACCAGAUUUACCUGCAAACGCUUCCAAUGGAUUGUAUUGCAAAUUCAAAAUAGGAAAUGAAUCUCACAAAUCUAAAUUGGUCCCGACAAAAGCAAAACCAACAUGGUGUGAGAGAUUCAAUCUCUACAUCUACGACACAAAAUACUUAGAAGUUAUUGUGUGGCACAAAGGAAAACAGAAGAAUUUUAUGGGCAGAUGUUUGAUAGAUAUAUCGAAACUAGAGAGAGAAAAGACUCACGACAUCUGGCAGGAUCUGGAGUGUGGCUUCGGCAGCAUUCACCUGCUGAUCACAGUGAGUGGCUCCGUCAGACGAGCUGACAACAUACCGACCACAAAUGGAGUACACCAAAAACCAUUACCCUAUGAAGAAUUUACUUGGUACAGAUUUGACAACUGGAACCAAAUUGGCCAGCUCUCAGUCACGGUCCACAGCGCCAAGGGUCUCAGCGCGUUUGGCAUCAGCGGUAAAACAGAUGCGUACUGCGUGCUACAACUGGAUAACUCCAGGAUACAAACGCAUACCGUCAGGGGGACUUCGGAGCCGCGUUGGGGUAAUACUUAUUCUUUCAUAGUGAACGACAUCACAUCAACAUUAGACAUCACAGUUUAUGACGAAUCAUUAAUCAACUCGAAGAAAGCCGAAACUCUUGGGAAGUUGUCCAUUCCACUACUGAGGAUACACAAUGAUGAAAUGAAAUGGUUCGCUCUGAAGGACCGCUCCAAAAAGUCCAACGCCAAGGGAAACUGUCCAAGGAUACUUCUACAAAUGUCUAUCGUUUGGAAUCCUAUAAAAGCUUCAGUACGAGUAUUGAGUCCUAAAGAGACGAAUUAUGUGCAAAAACCGGCAAAAUUCAACAUACCACUUAUAUACAGCAAUUUGAAGUUCAUCCGAGAUAUAUUCAAUGCAGCUUACAUGGGCAACGAACAUUACAAGCGGGUUUUCGAAUGGGAAAACAGGGAGAGAUCAGCUUUUGCCCUCAUAGUUUGGCUUAUCUUCUGGUACUUCUUCAGAAUUUGGAUGGCUCCAUUACUUAUGCUUCUUCCUUUCUUGUAUCACUGGGCAGGACAACGAUAUUAUACAAAAAACAAUAUGAUAAUUCCUUCUACUAUAUACCCGUUGGAAGAUGACGUCUCUGACGAAGAAUUAGAAAUACAGAAGGAUGAUAAGUCAAUAAAAAUGCGAUUGUAUGGACUUCAAGAUCUCACGUUUACUAUUAAAAAUAGCAUCGAUUACAUAGUGUCUUUGAUCGAACGGAUAAACAAUUUAACCAACUUCACUGUACCGUACCUAAGUUACUUGGUGAUAACUGCUCUGCUGGUGGCAUCGUUUGCACUCUAUUUUAUUCCUGUGAAUUAUUUUUUCAUGGCUUUAGGUAUUUAUAAAUUCACGCGCAAGUUUCUGAACCCCAAAAGAGUUCCGAACAAUGACCUACUGGACUUUAUAUCCCGGGUUCCUGACAAUGAGAUGCUGAAACAGUGGCGGGAGUUGAAAGUUCCAGAACCAAACUUAAGCAGAGCUGGUUCCACAAAAACGAGAGAAAUGAAUGAAGACUUGAGUUCUAACGCUCUACAAUUCCAACUCUGAUGACUGAAUUCUAUUAUAAAUGUAAUUAUUAUUGUUAAUUUAUUUUUGGAUCCAUAUAUAGCUUUACCAUAAAGGUAAUUCAAGAACUAUAUUUUAUACGUAUUGUAAAAAUUGUAAUACUCACGAAGCUGUACUUUUCAUUUCAUAUAUAUGAUUUAAUUAAAGUGGAUUUUGGGUUGUUUGUAAUCUCAAACAUUGUUUUAUAAGAAGUAAAAGUAAUAUAUUAUGAAAUAAAAUAUCAUCAUAUAGAGAUAAAGUACCUAUAUGCCAAACUCAUGUAAAAUGGUGUACUAAAAAUUUACAACUAUUUGAUUACGUAUCUUUUUAUUUAUAUUUUAAUUAAUCUGAAAAAAAAAACAUUGAGAUACUGAUUUUGACUAUAUACUUGAUAAGUACGUAUAUUAUAAAAUAAUGAAAAAUUUCUAUUGCGGUGCCAUAAUUUUAAUUUGUUAUUACAAUAGUCAUCGCUUAGCACUGAUAUUUAUUUUGUUAGGUAAAAAUAAAUAUACUUAAUGCAGUAAGCUCCUUUUUGUAUCUACGUUGUAGGUUAAUCUGUAUAUUAUUUCUCAUACAUUCAAAAGUAAUAAUUCAAUUCAAUAAAAAUAAUUAAAAUAUUAAUCUAAUACUUAGCUUCUUUAUAAAGGAAUGGAUCUGCUUCACUAGUACUCGUACUUACGUGUACUUAUUUCAGUGUCAAAAUUUCUUUGUUCCUAUUCAAUAGUAGAGAGUAGAAUAUAUAACUGUACAAUAUAUAGAUAGGUACCUUCCUACAUCUGUGAUUUUUUGUAGUGAGAGUAUGUGUUAAAUGAAAGAUGGAUUCCCUUGCAAUCGGAAAUUUCAUUUGUAAACACUGGUUUAUUCUUAUAAGCUGCAUUGAAUAAAUAUAAGUACAUAUAAACAAAUAUAUUGAACGUAGAUAUGGAAAACAAAAAUGAGAUUCAAAUAAGUAUUCAAUGUAGUUUAGUCAAGUAACUAAAAUAAAAAGUGAAUUCGACUGGUUUAGGAAUAAGUAUGUUCUUAUAUAUAUCUGCUAGAACUUAGGAUAUCUAUUUGAGUAGGCAAUUCACACAACAUUUGUUUAACCGUUAUUACGCCUUAGCCGUUGAGAAGAACACUACACUGGUUUGUGUCGCAUGCUCUUAUGGUAUAAUUUGUACAAUGAAUUAACUUUUUUGUUUGUCUAGUAAAGUGACGUAGGUUCUUAUCCAUUAACACUAAUUUACAUUCGUACAUGUUAGAUGUAAAGUUCCUGGCUUCAAAUGGUUGUGAUUUAAU